CAAUGAUGUAUGUCACCAGCAAACAGCCAUGACAAGCCCUUACCGCGUAUACUUAAUCCACAGCCCAUCAGCUUGCAAUCCUGACCGCCAUCUUCGUCAUACUGACAUGGAGCCAGAAUCCGGUCCGGAUUCACACCCGCCGAAUCAGGCAAAGACACGAGCAUCAUGACCUACCGAUCGGCAGGCCACUGAAAUCCGCAUUCGCCACCUGGCAAUUAAACUCGUCCUGUUAGAAUCUUAUUGUGGACUGUUAUUGUUAUAUGGAAGGAACGAGUUUCCUUGGAAAGCGUUUGGGUUGCGUCUGACGUCAUGUGCCAGGUGUGAGGAACGCGAGUUGGAUGACUAAGAUAGGGCUUGUCAGGUGGCUGGACAGCCCUAUGGGUUCGUUCCUGGUGAGCGGAUAUACUGUAAGUCUUGCCGCUUUUAACAUCAAUAACAGAGCCUCAGGCACCCAAAUUUUAUCCCACCGACCCACACCAUAUCAACAGUGAAUGAACCCAGCAAAUAAAAACCGGAUAUCAACAACAACUCCCCGACCCGCCAUGCCCGAUACCCUCCCCUCCCACCCAAUGGCCCGCGACGACAACAACAACUGAGCGACCAACCACCCGCUCCGCGCCGCCGGGCAUGCUCACGCCGAUCCGAGUGCGCGGCCGCAGAAAAAGACGCCCUGCUCCCAGCGACGAUGCAGGACCACUGCACCCCAAGCGCUCAAAACGCCGCGGCGGCCGACGACUACUGUCAUUGGGCGAACGAUACAGCCUCUCCUCGCAAAGCCAAGCGCUCAAACGCGCGCGCCAUCUGAUCGCCAAACCGCCGAAACAACCGCGCAAGCACCUCAGCCGUCUGGAGACCCUACCGGUCGAGCUGAUCGAGAAGAUCUUCCUGCACUCGCUGAACGUCAAUCUGCCCCGGGCGUCGGCGCCCCUCGCCGCAACGGUGUCCAGCGAGCGGAUCUACCGCGCAUUGAUCCUUCUGGCCUUCUGGAACGAUGUCCCCUCCGCGACUGGGCCCUUCGAUGCCGUCUCCGCGACGGAAAUCGCGAAGAUCCUGCGGCCGUUGGAUUACAUCCCGCUCGAUCUCAGCGAGCGCGGCGCGCUGCAGAGUGCCAUCUUGCAGUGCAAGUGGUGCACGGUGCAACGGCUUCAGAGUCGAUUCCCGGAUCUGAUGGGUCUCAGUAUCCAGCGAUACUGGUUCAGCGCGGGGAUCAGCAUGGCGGAAGACCAAGAGGAGAAGUUGAGACGGUUCCUUGCGCGCGAGGAGGACGAAGACGAGACGCGGAGGUUCGAAGGCACAGAUAAAGAUAACAACCACUACACACUGUCCGUAUCACCUCUCGUGUCAGUAACGGUUACCUGCCACGAAACGGAGACGGCCCAGACGCACCGCAUCCUCGGCAUCACGGAGUUCCCGGAACGGCUCCUCAGGGGCGGGAACGGGUUCACGCCCGCUACGAUUGCUUACCUCGAGACGCUGCGACUGGCGAGCGGGUUCAAUACCGCCGAGCUUAUGGAGACGCAUGUUACGUUGUCGCGCGACGCCCUGCAGAAGGGGAUCCAUGCGGCGUUGGUAGAACACAAUGCCGAGGCGCUUACGUCCUUGCUCAAGAUCGAUGAGUAUCAUUUCCGGUGUAGGAAUACGAACGUCACGGCGACGAAUAGCGUGCCGUAUAUGAUUCCGGCGGAGCAUUUUCGGACGGCUGUGCGGGUUGCGCGGAAUGAGCCGGCGCUGUUUCAGCUUCUUGUCCGCGCCUGUGCGGAGUCGGUCCCGGCUGAUGAUUCGGAGAUCACGCAGUGGGCUAUGGAUCUGGGUGAUUCGUUUGGACGGUGGCUUCUUGAUCUUAUGUUGCAGCUGCCGCAGCGGAUUGAAACGGCGAAUGCGAAUCCGGCUGAAGGGGCGGUGUUUUAUCUGGGGAGAGCGAAUGGACAGGUGGAGUUGGCGAGACGGUAUCUGAAUGAGGUUUUGGGGGUGGAGGAAUUGGGGAGUUGGAUGGAAGAAACCUCGCAUGAUUUUGAGAGCCAGUGGAAGGCGCUAUAGGGGUUCUUUACUAUGCACGGUAUGAUUGUUGGAUUAUGAUACGUUGUUUUCGCCAUGUGUAUUAUAUGAUAUUGUACAUAG